UGUUCAUUGAGGAAGUAAUGGAACUAGUGGAGCUCAAUCCAUUGAGAAACUCUUUGGUUGGUUUGCCUGGCGUGAACGGUCUUUCAACCGAACAACGUAAGAGGCUAACUAUAGCAGUUGAGUUAGUUGCCAACCCUUCCAUAAUUUUCAUGGAUGAGCCUACAUCUGGUUUAGAUGCUAGAGCUGCUGCAAUUGUUAUGCGAACCGUUAGAAACACAGUUGACACAGGAAGAACAGUUGUUUGCACCAUUCAUCAACCAAGUAUCGACAUAUUCGAAGCUUUUGACGAGUUAUUCCUGAUGAAGCGCGGAGGACAAGAAGUAUACGUUGGGCCGUUGGGUCGUCAUUCGAGUCAACUGAUCAAGUAUUUUGAGAGCAUUGAAGGGGUUAGUAAAAUCAAAGAUGGCUAUAAUCCAGCAACAUAGAUGUUGGAAGUUACGAGUUCGGCGCAAGAACUUACUUUAGGUGUUGAUUUUAAUGAUACAUACAAAAACUCUGAGUUGUUUAGAAGAAACAAGCAACUUAUAGAAGAAUUAGGCAAACCUGCUUAUGGUUCAAAGGAUCUUCAUUUCUCCACCCAAUACUCACAGUCAUUUUCGGUCCAAUGCUUGGCUUGCUUAUGGAAACAACAUUGGUCGUAUUGGCGCAAUCCGCCAUAUACUGCUGUGAGGUUCUUCUUCACUACUUUCAUAGGCUUGAUGUUUGGAACAAUAUUCUGGGAUCUUGGCAGGAAAUACUCAAAUAGACAAGAUCUGUUUAAUGCGUUCGGUUCGAUGUAUACUGCUGUUCUCUUCCUUGGGGUCCAGAAUUCAUCGGCUGUACAACCCGUGGUAGCCGUUGAAAGAUCUGUCUUCUAUAGAGAAAGAGCUGCUGGAAUGUAUUCUGCCUUGCCCUAUGCAUUCGCACAGGUUAUAAUAGAACUACCUUAUGUUUUUAUCCAAGCUAUAUCAUAUGGUGUGAUAGUUUAUGCGAUGAUUGGAUUUGAUUGGACUCUAGAGAAAUUCUUUUGGUACAUAUUUUUCAUGUACUUUACAUUGUGCUACUUCACCUUCUAUGGAAUGAUGGCAGUAGCAAUAACUCCAAAUCACCAUGUCGCGUCAAUCGUGGCUUCUGCAUUCUAUGCGAUUUGGAAUCUCUUUUCAGGAUUCGUCGUUCCACGACCGGUAAGUGUAACACGGAUGACCAACCUUAAAUGUAUUUAUUUGAUGUACAUACAAUGUUCUAAGUUUUUACGACGAUGACAGAUGAUUCCGGUGUGGUGGAGAUGGUACUAUUGGGCAUGUCCUGUGGCUUGGACUAUAUAUGGAUUGAUAGCAUCACAAUUUGGAGAUAUAAACAUCAUGAUGGAAUCAGAAAAUGAAACAGUUCAAGAAUUCAUAACAAGUUACUUUGGUAUCAAGCAUGAUUUCAUAGGUGUUUGUGCAGCUGUUGUUGUUGGGACAGGAGUGCUCUUUGCAUGUAUUUUUGCUGUCUCAAUCAAACUCUUCAACUUCCAAAGACGGUAGAUUAGGCGCCAAUUUUGAUGGAUUCUCUUCACUUUCAAAUUUUUGUACAUGAUUACUAUGUAUAUUUAUACUCUUCUCGUUCAUUUUAAAUAUUAUCUAACGGAGAAUUUUUA